ACUGGUUCAGAUGUUAACUGAGCUCUUUUCUCUGCUGUGUCUUUUAGUAUUUUAAUUCCUGACAAAAUGUGCUUGAGAAACCUCGGUUUUGUUUUUCUGGUUUGGUUUCCAGGAGUGCUGCAGGCACAAGAUGAAGCUCAGCCCUGUAUUGCUCCCAAUGUGAUCGGUGGUUAUUUGGUCCCCAAACAAGAAGCUUACUCGCAUGAAGCAGAUCUCACUUACGGCUGUGAUGACGGACUUAAACCAGUAGUGGAGGGUUGGUGGGCAACAAGUACAUGUCAAAAUGGCACAUGGUCUCCUGAACCACAGUGUAUAGAUGAAAAAGCCUGCAUGCCACCAGAUAUACCCAAUGCAAAAUACACACAAAAUGCUUGGUAUAAGGAUGGACUAAAGAUUAGGAUAACAUGUGACAACGGAUAUGAACCCAAGGACCACAGUCAUAUCACAGCCACAUGUGUAAAUGGGACGUGGUCCUCUGUUCCGGUCUGUGAGAAACGUGUUGAUGCAUGUAGUGAGCCCCCUAAAAUCCCCCAUGCAGUCAUCAUUCAUCAGGAAUACGAGGAGGUCUUUCCUGACGGUACAACACUGCAGUAUGAAUGUGAAAAGGGAUAUACUGUAGAGGGAGUAGACACCAAAAGCACCAUCAUUUGCAUUUUUGGAAGCUGGACUGAAAGCCUAACGUGCAGCAAACAAAUUGGACCAGAAGGUGGAGGCAGCAGACCAGGUACUGGACAAGGAGGCUCCACAAUGGGAGGAGCAGGCGGGGGCGACACUACAUCUGUUGCAAGUGGGAAACAACCCCAAGGUGGAGACACCAGACCAGAUACUGGACAUGACGGCUCCACAGUGGGCAGAGAAGGGGGGGGGCAAACUACAACAACUGGCAGUGGGACACAACCUGCAGGUGGAGGAUCGUCAACCACCUCUGCCUCAAAUGAGAGAGACAGCAGACCUUUGGUGACAUCGGUUAACCACUGCGGAGCUCACCCAAAAGUUUCACACGGUGAUGUUGUGCAAAAGAAUCAAAUGUAUCUGAAAUACCAGUGCAGUGCCUUUUACAAACUCACUGGUCCAGACACUGUGGUGUGUUACAGUGAUGGCAGCUGGUCAGAACUGCCAAUCUGCAAAGAGGCAUUCUGUGUCAUAGAUCCUGCUCAGUAUCGUGUGAAUGGUGUUCAGCUGUCUGGAGUUGAAUAUAUAAAGGAAGGAGAGAACAAGUAUAUUCCAUGUAUUUGGCACAAUACCAGCAGCCAUGUUAAGUGUACUAAUGGAAUACUACAUUAUACACAGUGUUGUUGGAAUUCUGACCUUCAGCGGGGAGCUUGCUGGUAUUACACAGCAUGAGAAUCACUGCUGGAACAAAAACAAAAGCCAAGUUGGAUACUUUUGUACUUUCUCCACCAGAAAACAACAACACCCAAAAAAAAUGAUGUCACAUUUGAUUUAAAGUUUUUUUGUUAUUAUUCUGAUUGAAAAUUCAUACAUGCAAUGUUGGAGCUGAUUGUUGUUCAAGAGUCAGCUUGUAUCUUUUUGUGACUAAUACUUUAAAUAAAAAUAAAGUUCAUGUAGCAGCUGGGAAAAUGUUACCCACCA